AUGGCUGUUACGAAUUCAAAUAGCAAAUCGGAGCUGUGUCAGAUGGAGGAUGAUGUUGCUGUUAAGGCAAACACAAGAAAACAGUUGAUUCAGACUGUGGUGUGUGCUGUAUCGGUUCUUGUAUGCAUCGGCCUUGCAGUUGCGUUGAUUGUAGUUAUCAUAAGUGAUACAACUGACAUGGAAGAGUACUGCAAUACGGGACAUUGCGCCAUGAUGGCCGGGGACAUGAUUGAACGUAUGGACCUGGACGUUAACCCAUGUGAAGAUUUUUAUCAAUAUGCGUGCGGUAGAUGGGAGAAUGCAAGGGUGAUACCCGAUGACAGAUCAUCAUUCACCACUUUCUCGGAACUUCGCGAUAAUCUGGAUAUCAAACUGAAAGCUUUGGUGGAUCAACCCGUCAUAAGUAGUGACAUAAAACCUACCGUUAAUGUAAAAAACAACUACAUUGCCUGUAUAGAUUUAGCCACGAUAGAAACCAGAGCAAGUCAGCCACUGGUUAAUUUAAUGUCCCAACUUGGCGGUUGGCCUGUACUUAGUAACAAUCCGGGUGGAAACUGGAGCGAAGCAGAUUUUAAUCUUGAAGAUCAGUUGUCUACAUUGCGUGGUAGUUACAGCAACUCUAUGAUAUACUACACAUACGUCAGUACCGAUAAUAAAGACUCUUCAAAGUACAUCCUCAAGUUAGAUCAACCAAGUCUUGGAUUGCCAAGCAGGGAUUAUUAUCUAGAUAAAGAAAAACAAAAGUUUAUAAAUGCUUACCAUGAUUACAUGACAACCAUCGCUGUGAUGCUUGGAGCAGAACAAGCUUCAGCAAAGCAACAAAUGAAUGAUGUCAUUGGUUUUGAAACUCGGAUAGCAAACUUUGAUUGGUUGAGAUAUUAUAGAGGAUUAAAUGCAAGCUGGUCCGAUAACAUCACUACUAGUGAAUAUAUAGUAGUACACGAACCAAAAUAUGUUGCAGACGUCAAUAUUCUCACCAAUUAUACAGACAAAAGGAUUAUUGCAAAUUAUCUUAUGUGGAGGAUAACAAUGAACAGAAUUAGUCAAUUAAGUUCCGACUUCAGAAAAGUGAAACUGGCCUUUGAUACAAUUGUUUAUGGCACAGCGUCAGAGGGCGCUCGAUGGCAGUCAUGCGUGAAUCACGUCAAUGAUGUAAUGGGAAUGGCUACGGGUAGAAUGUUUGUAGAUGUACAUUAUGAUGUAGAAAGCAAAGACAGGACCAAUGUCAUGAUUAAUUACCUGCAAACUGCGUUCCUUCAGUUAGUCGAUGAAUCAGAGUGGAUGGACAAACAGACACAAGGCGUUGCAAAAGAAAAGGCACAGGCGAUGAGGCGCAAGAUUGGUUACCCAGAUUGGAUAAAGGUUGAUGAUCAGUUAAUCGAAUAUUAUAAAAAUUAUGAUUUCAUAUCCAACAAAUACUUUGAGAAUUACUUGCAAUAUUUACGUGAAUCUACGAGAAGAAGUUUUGAUUACUUGAGAGAAAAUGUUAACAAAGAAGAAUGGGGAACAUUUCCUGCCAUUGUUAAUGCAUAUUACAGUUCUAGUAGUAACAGUAUAACAUUUCCAGCUGGUAUAUUGCAACCGUUAUUCUAUCAUAAAGAAUCUCCAGAGUAUUUGAAUUUCGGUGGUAUUGGAAUGGUGAUAGGCCAUGAAAUAACACACGGCUUUGACGAUAGAGGGCGACAGUAUGAUAAAGACGGUAAUCUGGAACAGUGGUGGAGUGACGAAUCUGUGAAAAAAUUUAAAUAUAGUGCCAAGUGUAUCGUGGACCAAUAUGAUGAUUACUACAUGUCUGAAAGUAAUAUGACA